AUGAGUGUCGACGAAGACAAAAGAACCGUGACAACAGUGACAUUGCACACCAUUACAUGGUUCCUGACAACACUUCUAUCACUCACAGGGAAUUCUCUAAUCUGCGUCGCUUUUUAUAACAACAGGAGGCUGCUCACAAUCACUAAUUUCUUCGUUCUCUCUUUAACCUUGAUAGACUUAAUUGCGGCUUCGUUCGGAUAUCCUUUCAACACCAUCUCCUCCGGGCUACGAAGAUGGCCGUUCGGCCAUAACUUUUGUCAAUUCAAUGGUUUUCUUUCGCAUUUUUGGACUGUAGUCUCAAUCCACAUGUUGGCGCUUACGGCUAUGAAUCGAUACUUUUGCAUCAUAAAACCUCGUUUUUAUUCCAUCCUGUUCACAAGAGAGAAAACGGCUCGUUCUAUCAUAUUGGUGUGGCUGUGCACCCUUACAGGGGGUUUAGCUCUUACCUUUGCCACCCCUCUGGUAUUCCGGUGGCAUCCUUAUUAUUUAUUCUGUCAAAUUGAAAGUAGUGAAACCCUACCAGCGCCUACUUCAACAAUCCUCACAGUUUAUACCUUCUCGCUGAUAAGCUUGACCUUAUUUUGCUAUGCUGCCGUUUACCUUGCCAUAAAACGGCACAAUUCGGCCAUUAUUCCGUCACUUACAGGACCAAGGGACCAUCAAGCUAACAAUUUUAACUCACACGAGAUCCAAGCGUCUCGAAUUCUUUUAAUUGCAGUUUUAGUAUUCUUCGUUUGUUGGAUUCCAGCAACAGUUGUAAGCACCAUAGAAAGAGUUGCACGGCAGGAUGUUCUGUCCUUUUGGCAAUCUUUCGACACGCUGGUUUUUGCCUGUACUUCGUGGAUCAACCCGAUUAUUUAUGUCAUCAUGAGUCGGGCCAUGAGGAAGGAGAUUAUUAAAAUCCUGCAUUGCCGGAAGGGAAAUUGAUGAACGCACACAACCUGAGUUAAACUAUAAACAACAUCAGUUGAACUAUUAUUAAUAGUUUCAGUUCUAUAAAUUGAAUCUUUUUGUAGAGACAAAGUACGUUGUGGCUUGCGACUCCAAAUUGAAAAUACUUUAUCUCAUGUAAUAAUUAUGCACACAAGUCGCACAGAAAACUACAGAAAUAAGUACGAUGGAGAUGAAAAUAGAUAUAGAUACCCACGUUUUCAACAGUUAACAAUCAUGACUUAAUCAACUUAAUGAACUCGUCAUUAAUUUCUUUGGUUCGUUCGUUCUUUUUGCCAUUGCCUAGUUUCAAAUCGAGAGGGGCUAGGUACGAGUCAUGUUAUUAUGGGAUAAACAACACGAGAUCCAUAUGGUCAGAAAGAGAACAUUGAAAUUAGCAACAAUCUCAAGUUUUGUGUAUAUCGGGCCUAUAUUGAACGAGAUACAGCCAUUUUGGAGUUUUUGAAUGGCUGUAUCUCUUUGACAGAAAACUGACCCAGCAUCAAAUCCAACCUUAAAAUGACCGCAGGAGAUGACAAAGAAAAAGUGAUAUCAAGUCAGUAAAUAUUUGAGUCUGCGCAGCUUAUAUACCGUAUUUCCUCAAAUAAUAGCCAGGGGCUAUUUUUUCUUUUUUCGCACCAAAAGGGGGCGAUUAUUUCCUAUAUUAUUCACUGGAGGUCGUGCCCUAAAUAUAUAGAGGAUAUUACACGGUGGCGCGAAGAUAUGAAUUUUAUUUUCGAGUGGCAAAACAAUAUUUUACGAACGAGCGCAGCGAGUGAGUAAAAUAUUGUUUUUGCCAGGAGAAAAUAAAAUUCAUAUCUUCAAGCCGCCGUGUAAUGUUCUUUUUAUUAUAUAGACAAAAAGACACCGAUAAGAUAAAGGGAAAUGACCGAAAUUACGUCAUCGAUAAACUCACGUGUGAGAUUAUGGAAAAUAAACCACUCGGGUCCCGGAUGUAGUUUUUAUGAAUUUUACGAAUGGUAUAUUUCCAGUAAAACACUCGUGUCUAUGUAAUAAUUUGUUCUAUUUUCCCAUAAUCAAAAAAUGAUCGCAUCAAAGUAACUGAACAUGGGCUUUUUAAGUGUUCCAAAUUUGGUUCCUUCAUUAAUUUUCAUUGUCAAUAUCCUCGGCUUCGUCACUGACCAGUUUUGCUGGAUCAGACUCCUCUUGACAGCCUCAUCCUCCAGAUUUACCGCUAUGGGUAUCGAUAUUGGUGGGAGGGGGGUGAUAAUUCGAGGGAGACGAUUAUUUUAAAUAUUUCCGUCAUAGGGGGCGAUUAUUCGACGGAGGCGAUUAAGCGAGGAACGGCUAUUGUUCGAGGAAAGACGUUAUUUUAUAAUGGUGGUGGAAAACGAUGGGGCGAAGACAACUAACGACUAACGAAACCCAGUAGAACUAAAACACCCAAGAAACACGAGAAACCUCGAAAACGGAGAGAAUUGCGAUAACCAUAGGGAGAACUACCAAAGGAGGGAAGGGAGGGUGGGGGGGAUAAAUCACUUGAAAAAUAUUCAUCCACUGAACUUCCAGUGAAUAUAUCUCACUACAUCGUACAAUGGUUAAAUGCUUUACGAAACUGGAUGAGAGAAAAUGCAGUAUGUUUACUGCGGGCAAAAUUAGAGACAUGAAGAGUCGGUUGUUCCAUUGAGAGAUUCUUUCAAUUAAAAACUGAAAAUUAAAUAAUCGUGAAUUUAAAUUUUUUUCAAUCGCAAGACAAAGAAAACGACGGUUGGGCUUCAUGAUCAGUAUAAGGAGAACUAUCGUAGUUCAUAAUCUCUGCUUUUGGAAUUUGUCGGAGGUAGUUACGUCGUCAAACCCCAGGCUAGCUUUGUUAACGAUAUUCGUGCGUUAAAUUGUUAAUAGAUAAAGGACGGUUGGUUAUUAUUUUAAAAAAAUUGGCACAAAUAAAGCUUAAGGUCUCCUUUUAAAUUUAAUUGGCAGCAUUUCUUUGUCAAGGCUUUUAAUGGUAAUAAAGAAAGUUAAAUUUAAUUAAAUUGCACCCUCUGCGUUGUCUUUCAUUUUUCGCCAAUUUAAAUAAAAACUAUUUUGUGUAACUUAUCCCGCCUGAAAAUCAAUUUCAGCUUUAUUUGAACAAGGCACGCAGGUUUUUUUUUUUUUGGAAAACAUUUUGACAGUCAGUUAUGAAUUUGGAUUACACGGUUAUCGGCGGAGACGAUAUAUGCAACGAAAGCACUCAAUAUAUAAUCCGAAAAAGGUUACACUAUCUAUAAAAAAUCAACUACGAUGCAAGAAAGCGGAGAUGGAAGGACGCUACUAACAGUUACAAUACACACUUUAAGCUUAUCUCUUAUGGCGCUUCUGUCUGUCAUUGGCAACAUCCUGGUUUGCUUGGCUUUCCACCGAAACAGGCGAUUACGCACCGUUACUAACUGCUAUGUAUAUUCUUUGGCCAUAACAGACUUAAUCUUCGCUUGUUCUGUUUAUCCAAUGGACGCAAUAGCAUCGGCCUUGCGCAAGUGGUCAUUCGGUUCCAUCCUUUGCCAGUUUAAUGGUUUCACAUCUUAUCUUUGGGUCUCGGUGUCCAUUAACAUUUUGGCGUUAGCAGCUGUCAACCGUUACUGCUGCAUAGUAAAUCCUCACUUCUAUUCUGUGUUCUUCACAAAGAAGAGAGCCAUUCUAUCAAUAAUCUUUGUGAUCCUGUUUAUCUUAUGCACAUUUUUGGCUGUGAUAAUCGGUACAGGUAGUUUAUUCCGAUGGCAUCCUUACUAUUUGUUUUGUCAGGCGACAGAUUUUAAAGGCCCGGUGGAAGCUUUGAUUUUGACAUUUCUUAUCGGAUUUGUCUUUCUCCCUACAUGUGUAACAUUCGUUUGCUAUGGACGCGUAUACAAAGUCAUUAGACGCCACAAUUCUCUCGUCGUUCCAUUCUUGCAACAGGCAAACAUCCAAAGAGCAAUGGUUAGCAAACAUGAGAUUCAGGGAUCGUGGAUUCUUCUGGCUGCAGUUGUAGCAUUUUGCAUUUGUUGGAUUCCUGCGACAACCGUCGUCAUUUUAGAAAAACUAGCUCAUCGAGGCGUACCACCCUUUUGGCAGUCUCUUCAUACACUUUCUUCUGCCUGUAGUUCGUGGAUAAACCCUAUUAUAUACGGUGCCAUGAAUCGGGCCAUGAGAAAAGAAUUUCUGAAAGUGAUUCGUUGUGGAAAGGACAACUAAGUUUUUAAACUGUAAGUAUCUAUAGCCGCCGUGAGCCCAUGACGUCAAGUGAAAACGCCCUAUACCUACUAGUUUAUAACUGGUCCUGAGGGAACCAGAUUAUUUACUUAUUCAUUCAUUUUGUCAUAAGCUACAGAUCAUUAUUAAGGCAUGUACAUUGACUGCAAAAUGCACAAUAUACGUAAUUGAUGGUAGAUGUACGUGUUUCAAAUACAUGGCAGGGAAUUCCAUAUAGAAGCCGUGGGUUCGUAAAAGGAAACGUCUAAUUCAUUGGUUUAGAAAGCAAAACAACAGCCCUACACGUGCACCAUGCUUUUUUGUGAAUUGUUAGUGACUGGCGUUUUGCAAACAAAAACAGCCGAACUACUGCUUAGAAACCAGUGGCGGAUCCUGGGGAGGGGCCCGGCGAACCCCCCCCCCCUUGGCCGAAUCAUACCCCCCCCCCCCCCUCGUUAUCCGAAGGUCUGGACCCGCCACUAGAAACUGCAAGAAUGACAAAGAUACCACUCAUGCCAACUGCUAUUUGAAGAAUGUCUGUUGCAAUAAAUAUCUAUUCAUAACUUGAAACGGCCGGUAACCGACAAACGGUUAUAUAUAGGCGGAAACUUUACAUAGACUGCGGUAAGCAUGUUUGGGUGAGAUGAAAAUAUUUAUUGUGAAUAAAAAAUACUACAAUCUUUGGGGUCGGUUUUCCUAUGAUAUGAAGAAUUAUGCAGAUCUCAAAGAGUCUUGCUGAGUGCUACCGACACCUCGAUCUGCAUUGUAAUUCUUCGAAUCAAACUUAGCCCUAUCCGAUAAUUGCCAAAUAUGAAAACUUUGGUUUAAUAAAAAUUGAAAUGUUUUGACUUAAAAAGUUCUUUAAGUAAUGACUAAACGUGAUAUAUUAAAUAAUCAAAACUGGUAUACAGAGAGGGCAGUACUUCAUGUAUUGAUGACGUUAGUUUGUUUUUUACUUAGUAGUUUUGCCUGGUUUUGAAAAAUUCGGCGUAACUGAAAAGGAAUUAUGUCUUUAAAAUCACCUAUGUAUUUGUGCGGUAUUAAAAAAAAUUAAAAGAGAUAAAAAAUCUGAUCAAAGCAUCACUUAAAGACACAAAACAUAAAAGUGUGGACAAUGGAGUUGUAUUUAGACAACGCGUAUAUUUCUAUCGCGCUUGUUUAAAGAAAAAACCUUUAUCAACGCCUCACUGAAGCAUUAUACGUUUCUGGGAAACUGCCCACCUACCCCUCUCCUAAGCUAACAAUUUGCCCUAUUAAAGUGAGAACUAAGUGUUAAUGUUGGCUUAGGGGAGGGGUAGGUGGGCAGUUUCCUAGAAAAGCAUAAUGAUCCAUUGCAGUUGGGUUUAUUUAUUUGCAGUAUUUACUUUUAAUAAAAUGGCAGGGACGUUAUUUGAACUUUUGAAUAGUGCUUUAAACAACCCGAUAAAAACAAUUGAAUGGCGAGCACAAGGUGAUUCAAUAACAAUGCACGUCCAUUCAUUCUAAGGAACCUUCCCCUAAAUCUGAAGUGAAAUCCUUACAAUUGCAGAAAAUUCAAAGUGUUUGGCUCCAUUAUUCUAGCGUCAGGUGACAGGAAGCUCUCGAAUUAGAUACAAGUCUACAAGCGUAGCUCGCUGAGCACGCGGACAGUAUUCUCGCUCUAAUAAUUGUAUUAGCACCUAUAGGAAAGGGUGACGGGCAACUCCAAAUUGAGGCACAAAUUAAAUACCAGUUACCGGUCGAGGGAAACCUCAGUUGUGCUGGGACAGCCAAAAUGGCAUCGAAAGCAAAGAAAAGCCCUUCGUACGCGAAUAUUGCAUACAUUAAGGAGAUAGAUAUAGUUAAUAGUGAAAAUAUUGAAAAUGUGGUCUAAUAAAAAUUGAAAUGUUUUGACGCAAAAGUUGAACGUGACAUACUGCUAAUGUUUUUUUUUUUUAAUUUGUAGCAAAUCCAAGCUAUGAAGAAGUCCUGACGCAACAAUCAAAAUUACUAUGCAAAGAUCGUAGAGAACUUUGAAUGACGUUAGUUUGUUUUUUGUUAAUGGUGCUUGGCCGAAUAAGAACAAUUGAAAAGUGAGGCCAGGUGAUUCAAUAGCAACGCACGUGCAUGCUUCCUUUGAGGCACGUUUCCCUUAAUCUGACCUGAAAUGUUUAUAGUCACAAGUCCAAACCGCCUGACCUGCAUUAUCCAAGGGUUAUGGAGUAGGAAGCAUUCGAUUCGAAUUUAAUUUAUGACUGAACUUGAAGAGGCCACAUUGUUCCUCUCGCUCUGUACUUAGCCUGCGAGCAGGCUCACGUAAUCAAAUUUGGGGAAAAUGUUGGCGGCGGAGCCACCAAUUAGUAGGGCACGGCUCCGCCACCGCAAGUUUCCCCGAAUUUGCACAAUUGAGCCUGCUCUCAGGCUACUCGGUAAUCAUUUUGUCGCUCCCAGGGCGAACUUUAAAUUGAGGCACCCAAUUUUUUUUCUACCCCAGUGAAAGACCAUGGAGGAACGUUUGCAGGGCACUGUCGAAUGUCGAAAAUAGAACAAUAAGGACUACACCCUUUGCAGUCAAUUAUUGUGCGCAUUAACGAUGUGCAAACGAUUAAGGGUGCUUUCCAUAAGUUAUAACCAGCCUGCCAGACCGGUCAAGAUGCAAAGAGAAUUCCUCUGUUUGAGCACUAGCAUUCAGCCAGAUCACUCUAUUCAUAACGGGUAUGCUCGGCAGUGGUGGGUCUUACGGGAAAUUUCGAGAAAAGACUGAUCCGGCCCCAGUUCUGACUUUUGAUAAGCGCCCUAGGAUUUCGGUAGCUAAGAAUUGAAAAAAACUGGAAAUUUGGCUCGGUAAAGUAGAAAAUCCCCGAGGUAAAAUUCAUAAGUAAAGUGAUGAAUGAACGGGGUGUACCAUUUUAAAAAAAGACUAUUUGAAUGAAUAUUAAAUAUGCGGCAAUUCUAUUUAGUACUUAAAGAUGGUAAACUUCAACACAUGUCGAUAUGACUAUUAUUGAAAACUGUACGCCCUAUUUUCCUAUGGCCAACGAUAUCGGUGUUUAAUAAAAGUUUUUGUUAGAAAUAGGAAAUUGGAUAAAGGCUUACCUUUAUUUGGGGACAUACAACAAAAAAACUGUGAACAAUGGACUUUUAUUUGGACAACGGCUGUGGAGAAAAGACCUGACAUUUUAUUUCAUUUGUUUUGGGAAAAAUAUAAGUCGACACGCCUAAUCUGACAGUAGCGAGCAGAUGAACUCCAUCUAACUUUAAAGGAUUUUGUUUAUUUUCAGUGAUUGCUUUCACUAAAAUGUCAGGAAUAAUAUUUGCACUUUUCAGUAGUGCUUUAGACAACUUGGUAAUAAUUAUUGAAUUGCGAAUAAGGCUAUUUGAAUCAAUAGCAGUCACGUCCAUACAUCGUAUUUAAGACACGAUCCUCAUAUUCUGACGCAUAUCCAAACCGCUUUACAUGCAUUAUAACAGCGUUAUGGAACAGGAAGAAUUCGAAUUAGAUGAAAGAAGCCUACCGGAGGUCACUAUGCAUACUGCUGUUCUCGCUCUAACAACCGUUUUAUCACUCACGGGAAAUUCUCUUGUUUGCCUCGCUUUUUACCGAAACCGGAGAUUACGUACAGUCACCAAUUUCUACGUCCUUUCACUGGCCAUCGCUGAUUUAAUACUGGCUGUAUUUGUAGGUUGUUCAAGCACACUUGCUUCAGGAUUGCGCAGGUGGCCAUUCCACUAUAACUUUUGCCAAUUUACUGGUUUUGUUGCAGCUUUAUGGGGUCAGAUAUCAACUUCCAUUCUGGCGCUUGCGUCGAUAAAUCGCUACUAUUGCGUUGUAAAGGCCCCAAAAUACUCGACCUUGUUUAGCCGAAAGAAGACGUUUUCGUCGAUUUGUGUUGCGUGGAUUUUCUGCCUUUUUCAGACUCUGAUGUGGUUCGCAGCUCCUAUUGUAUACAAAUGGUCGCCUUACGAACUAUUUUGCCGUUCGACGUUUAAUGAAGAGCAAAAGGAGAGAAUCUUCUACAUUUACUUUGGUUGCCUUUUUACUGUCCCUAUGUUGGUGAUAGGCUUCUGUUAUAAUAGAGUCUAUCGCAAUAUACGGCAGCAUAACAAAAACGUCAUCCAUUCAUUACAAGAAGCACACAAGUUUGGAAUAAGUGCACAAGAAAUUAAAACAUCUAGGGUCCUUUUUGCUGCUGUCCUCGGAUUUAUCAUCUGUUCGACUCCUUUUAUAGUGAUUUCAAUUUUGGUGUUUGGUUUUCACAUUUCCAUUCCUCCAUCUACUCAGUCGAUCUAUCCCAUCUUCUGCUUCAUUUCGUCGUGGAUUAAUCCUGUCAUUUAUGGCGUGAUGAACAGAGCCAUGAGGCGGUAGUUUCAGAGUGUACUUGGGCUGUCGUCCCCAGAGUCAUCAAAUAACCAAACUGGUAGUGUUCGUGUCACUGAAAAGAGCCAUAAGCAGGAAGUUCUAGCAUAGACUUAAACACUCCUAUUUAGAGUAACCAAAUCGCCAGAAGACUUAACCUUUCAAUCCGACAGUAGCCCUAUAAACAGAGCCAAAGGACGGGAGUUUCAGGGUAUACUUGGAUAGUCCUAUUUAGAGUGCUCAAAUCACCAGAACACUUAACCCAACAGUUCUGCAGUAGCUCUAUAAACAGAGCCAUAUAGGAUGGGAGAUUUAGCGUAGACUCUGGCAUUCCUGUUUGGAGCGAUCAAAUCACCAGAAGCUUUAAGUAAACAAUCAGUAUUUGUCUGUUAAAGUGGCCAAAAACGAUUCCGAGCAUUUCCAGUACUAAUACAUUUCACCUUUACUUCCAAUUGAUUAAUUGAUACUGUAACGUUUAUUCAAAGUGACCUUAAAAUAUGCAACAUAUUUGACACUUUAAACUACCAUAUCAACUUUGUAUCCUAUUAAAAUCUACUUUAAUUUUAGUUCAAGAGCUUAUCACUUAAAAAACGCGUUAUUGCAAUUUUUGAAAUGCUAUUGGCCGGUUAAAAUUGGCCUUCCGACGUAUUUUUCAAAAAAUCUGCCAAGAGUGUUCGGAGCUUCUUUGUUUCUUUAAAUUGUCAAGGUAAUAGUAAACAAUCUUCUUUAGACAUCCUAAUUUGUUACCUUUCUAGAUAAACAUAUUUACUAAAGGGUUUGCUGAGGUAGGUCUUUUCUGUCUACCUAAACUGAAAACACGAAAUGAAAAGGGGGGGGGGUAACCGUGUGAACAACUCAGUAGAGGUGCCAGCUUUCUUCCUUCUGGUUGAGCUGUUUCAUAUAGUUUUUGGGUGAUGCAAAGGGAAGAAUCAUUUAUUAACAUGGCAUUUUUCUAUAAAUUAAGUAAAGAAUGCAAGUCAUAAUUUAUAAACCAUUAUAUCGCAUUUGAUUUACAGUGCGAACCCUCCAUCUUUUUGUUAUUUUAAUAGGCCAUUUUCACUGACGACACUUUACUACUACGACCAGAGAAGACCAGGGGUUUGCUUUCUUGUGCGAAUUAAGGCUCGUGUUAUUCAAACCUCGCUGAGGUUACCAAAUUUGAAUAUGAAAGGAAAAACGAAAAGGAUUCUGGUCGUAGUGGUAAAAUGACGCCAUCGUGCAAAUGGCCUAUUGCUUCAGGGCGGAAAAACGUAAUGAGCAUGCGUCAACUUUUUUGCCCAGAUCCCCUGACCGGGUUUGAAAAAAUGGCGGGAUUUCAAAUAUUUUAUUGCCUAAAAAUAUAAUGUUUCCACUCAUACCCUGGAACAAACAGGCAAUUUGUCUUCAAAAGUUGCAAGCUGUGGUUAUAAUCUUGUCGUUUCUUAAUUUUCUCGAAGAAUACCUCAUAGUAAAACGGACUUAAACGACAUCAAUUUCCUUGCGUUGUACUGGAAAUGUGUAUGCGUUGGUCCGAUUUUUUUCAAAAUGCAUUCACAAAAUGUGUUCAUAUAAGGAAGUUCCUGGAUAUAUAAGGUCCAGAGCUCCACUGUGGACACAAAAACAACAUAUCUUUGGACAGUGAUUUGCCCAAAGAAAUUAACGCUUGCCCACAAUGUGUUUGAAGUCACUGAACUUUGUCGCACUCGAGCUGAUAUUUUAAAACCUUCGCUCGAUCGGACACUCGUAGUUUCGCAGAUCACUAAAAUAUAAACAAAAUCCUCAAUGUAGAAGUUAUUGCGUUUAUACGAGGGCAGAAAAAAGGUCAAUCCUUAUCCAGCAAAAUCUUCCACAAAAUCGGUUUCAAAGUAACUAUAGUUUUUUAAACUUGCUCGUUUCGCGCAGAUAUAUAAAUUUUGCUUUGUGUUGUCAAGUUGAACACGCAUAACAUCUGUCAAAAACCUACGCGUAAGUAGGAUUUCCUUCAAACAAAGUUAAAGUUACAUUAUUUCAAAGACUUCUUGCUGACAAUGAAGAAAUAAAUUUUCUGCACGAAAACAACCUACCUAAAGAUUUUAAAAGCAAAAGAUCAGUUGCUACUUGGCAGCCAAGCCAUGAUUCACCAUUUAUAGCUAUUUUAAGCUUAACUGGUCCAUGCGAGGGUAUUCGUUUACUAAGUAAGCAAAUUAAACUCAGCCGAUCAUUAGAAAAUACAGAAAAUUGCACAUAAGGGUUUGUUUUGCUCGCCUCAGUCAAAUCCAGCUGCAGCAAUUGUUUACGGGAAAAGAGUCAAUUGUUUUGAAGUCACUGCCGGCAGUUGUCGUUCUCUACUUCACAGCGAGUGAAAAGGACAAUUUGCGUACAGAAAGUUAUUCUUAUAAAGAACAGAAACUUUCACAGUGCACUGGAAAACAAAACUAUGUAAUGAAAAAUGAAAAGACCUCCGACUAUUAUUACUUGAGCAACAGAAAAUGAUCUUGAGUAAGCUUGCUGGCCUUCUAUUUCCGAGAAAGUUAAAUAAGUGCACAAGUUUGUUCACUCUGAUGCGUUAUAGCAGCAAUAUGGUUCUUUGACUGAAGACAAAGAUAAAGCUGAUUCUGCCAAGGUAAUAAAUCUGGGCAUGUAAAAAAAGUAACCGUAACUAUAUACUAAUAACAGAAUACAAGCGGGCUUUAAUUCAACCCGGCGAAAUCAACUCAUAAAUUAAUCGGAUGCACAAUCACAAAAAAUACUCGCCUCUUUAGAAAUGUUCAAAACUUUUUAUUCCACCUCAGACUGACAGAAUGAUCCGUUUUUCCUUUAACGUUGGUUGUUCUGAAUCCAAAGUAAUUUUCAAGCGACGAAAAAAAAAAGCAAACAUGUCAAAUAAAAAUGCUUUAGAGGGAGCAAACGUUCGCACCUCGUGCAGUUCACUCAGAACUCUAGCAACAAACAAACACAGUCUACACAGUCAACACACAAAAAAGCCCGCCUUGAGCCUGCGAUAAGGGAUGCGCGGAAGCUUGCGCAGAACGUUUUUCCGCCCUGAAGCCUAUUGCAAGCUUUGUUUUGUGAAUCAGUUUGAUAACCUUCUUCUAUUGCGUAAUGCAGUGUAAGGCGCAUGACUGAAAUGGGAGUCAGCACACGAUUUGUACAGAUAGAUUCUUAGUCGACAAUCCAUUUCUUUCAGAGUGUUUUCCUAGGCAUCCUUACCAAUUGGACGAUUAAACUUGUACUAUCAUGUCAAAUUAUUGAUAACGAAACGCGAUUUCAUUCAUUGUCGUGCGAUCGCUGUUGUCAUACCUUUUUUAUUACAAAAGCACAUACCUCAAGGGUUUUUUUAUCAUUAUGAGGCAACUGAGACUUCACUGAAACUGAGAAAUAAACAAUAAUUAGGAAAGUCACUCUUUGAGGGGAAAUCGCCAUGAGUAGCAUAGGAAACAAACUGGCCAAAUUAUAAAAAAUGGCUAUUAAGGGGUUCAGACAGGAGUAUAAAUACAACACAGGUGCCGUCCACAUACUGCUAAGACGAGGCGCUUCAUUCUACGGAAACCGAAGUAGUAUUGCCGCCAUUGGCUAUAAGGUUCUGAGUAGUAUUUUCCAUCUCUGAAAUCAUAUGGCAACUACAUUAUAAGUACGUUUUCUUUCUCGGUUCCAGUUGUUGCUUCAAUUCCUCUUUCUUCUGGACGUGAGUUUUUGGCUUUAAGGGAGGCAUCCUUAAGUUUCAGCAAAGCCUUGUUUUCGUUUAGUGUGUAGUAGCUCGGCGGCCUGUCGUACCACAAAGUAAAUCUACCGAGUUGUGUAGUAGCUCGGUGGCCGUUGUGCCACAAAGUAAAUCUAACCGAGUUGUGUAAUAGCUCGGCGGCCGUUGUGCCACACAGAGUAAAUCUACCGAGUUGUGUAGUAGCUCAGCGGCCGUUGUGCCACAAAGUAUCUCUAUCGAGAUGUGAAACUCGGCGGCGCCUUUUCAUCCUGACUUGUGAUAUUUUCGGCACCGGACAAACAAACAUUUUAGCUCUAUGUUAUUAAUUCGGAAAAACUUCGUAACCAGCCCACAGUAGAGCCUCUCAAGUUACUGAAAUCAACAAACUCGACCAAAUUACUGAAAAAGUUGUUGACGUCAGCACACACAUUCCACUGAAGGCUUUGAUAAUUCACUUGAAACGUGUGAAAUUGAGAGAUGUAGUGUAAGUGAACCAGUGUUCAAACACAAUUCAUUUAAUUGUGCCCGCGACGUUCACCACAAAAAAUGUGGUCUUGGGUCUUUGAUAUCAGCGCAAGUUAAGAAGACUUCUUGACAGUAACAGCUUUAUUUUAUAGUAAGUACAUGUGAAAUUCCCAAUAAUUAGAAUGAAUGAUUACAUCUAAAACGUUGUCAACUGUUAGCUUUUAACAAUAGCUGGGCUGGGUUGUUCAAAGCUUGGUUAAGAAAACCCAGGCUUAGUGCGAAAUUUGAAUUCAGAUGUGAAAGCUUAAAAAGUAAAUUCAGUGUAAUUCGUUUUGUCAACAAGUUGAUAAUUGGAUGCUCACAAAAAUAACAGAGAAAAUUAUCCGAAGAAAUGUUUUUGAACGAAAGAAAAAGUAACCCGGGCUAAGCGCUGAAAAGGCCUUUAAACAACUGCUUUACAGAACAUCUGGAACAUCACCAGUUUAAAUAGAGGUUUCACCGAACGCCACCCUUGCGUUCAAAAUAAGCCAUAAUCAUAUUUAACUCAAUAUCGCAAGAAUCAUCCACCCUUCUCUCUCAACUGCUACCUGUACUCCUAUCAAACCUAUCGAACGCACGUCUCCUAUACUCCCAGUAUAUUUUGUGAUUAUUAUAGGACGGCUCGCAAACAUUGCCAUUUUGACGACCAUUCCCGCUCCUUCGCGAUCGCGACUGUUCACGCAAACCGAAGCAAAUUGUGCACCAAACAAACAUAUUUUAUAAUUCACCAUAUGGCCUUCAUACCAAAAUACGCCGACACAAUUUUCCAAAAGUUCAGAUAAGCAACCUACCGUUGGUUUUCGGCUAAAAGUGAAAUUUUUAUUCGUCAAAGUGUAGGCCUGAGGAUGAGCGGUGCACGCGCAUGAAAACACUGACGAGCCGUUAAUUUCUGUAGAUGCGAAGAAAUAGAUUGUUUUCUCAAAACCCUGUAGACUUAUGAAUAUCAAAAAGAUCCUUUUUUUGCCCUAACUCAAGAGUCUAGACUCGAUUCUCGCGUGUAACAGCCGAGAAUCAAGUUUGUAGCUCCUACAGUAGAUGUCAGUAAAACGAGGGGUCGGGGUCUAUCUUUUCUUUUAAGAACGCUGUUGUUGGGGUUGGGGUUAGGUUAGAGUUAAUCUCAACUCUAACCCUCACCCUAAAACAGCUUUCUUUUAAAAAAAAGAUAGACCCCGAACCUGACCCUGACCACGCGUUUUAGUGACACGCUUUACAUAACCCUUUCUUGCUUUUGUUCACACUGAAAACGUCUAAAAACUUUAACACGCUCUUUUGUUUGACUUGCUCACGCUUAAUUAUCUCAAAGCUUGUCCUCUGAAACGAGAGAAAUUGCUAAUGAGGCAAAAUGGCAGGUGGGCUAAAGCGUGUUCAAAUAAAUUAUUUUGUUUUAAAGUGGAAGCGUGUCGUCAGGGUGCUUUCACCUUUAGCAUCAAAAUCCUGUGGAGGGCCUUAAUGAUUAUUUCACUUGUUUGGGGGGAAAAAAGUCGACAUGCUUACCCUGACAGUAGCGAGCAGAUGAACUCCAUCUAACUUUAAAGGAUUUUUUUUAUUUUCAGUGAUUGUAUCAUAGAGACUUUUGUUGUUGGGCCAUCGUAGUUUGAUCAAAAAUAAAACACAAACAGCGGUGAUAAACAUUGUGAGUUUUCGCAGAAGAAGAAGAGCAAAUUUGGUAGCAACGAUAAGUCAGAGUGCGGAUUAAGUUUAUUUUGUAUUUGCGAGGAAUGAAAGAGUCCCAUUUAGUAUAAAGACCUGUGAAUGUCUUUCUCCGGUAGAUAGAUGUCACGAAGCCUUUGUUGGGGUCGCGUUUUACGAGGAUAUCUCAAAACGGAAUUUCGUGUUCAAAGUCAAUCGUAAACUUGAUACUGUUGCGGUGACGACUGAUUAAAUACUGUAGAAACUCAUUAUUUUAACAACAAAGACUCUGCUAAUGAGUUUCUAUAAUAUUUAAACAGUCGUCACAGAAACAGAUUAUCAUUGUAAGAUAAAAGAAACAUUGUUACAAGACCUUAAGCCAGCUUUUAAUGUCAACAUCAGCAGUGAAAAGCUGAUGCUUUAUUAGCUGUUGCCUUUUGUAUUCAUUACUGUUAAGAAUUUUUAAAUUCUUAAUCUCAUUUCCAGACCUCUUGUAAUUUUUUAAUAUAUAGUCCCGGGGUAUAGUCUCGUCAUUUUCUUUAACGAUCACUUAACUUUUGAAAAUACAUGUAUAUGUUGAAUAGCAUAUGAAACGUCAAGUAUAUACAAAUGCGAAAACUCACAAUGUUUAUCACCGCUGUUUGUGUUUUAUUUUUCAGUGAUUGCUUUCACUAAAAUGUCAGGAAUAAUAUUUGCACUUUUCUGUGGUGUUUAAUACCACCUGCAAAUAAGGCUAUUUGAAUCAAUAACAGUCACGUCCAUACAUCGUAUUUAAAGCACGAUUCCCAUAAUUUGACGCAUAUCCAAACCGCUUUACAUGCAUCAUAACAGCGUUAUGGCACAAGAAGCAUUCGAAUUAGAUACAAGAAGCCUGCAAGAGGUCGCUCUGCAUACUGCUGUUCUCGCUCUUACAACCGUUUUAUCACUUACAGGAAAUUCUCUUGUUUGCCUCGCUUUCUACAGAAACAGGAGAUUACGUACAGUCACCAAUUUCUACGUUCUUUCACUGGCCAUAGCUGAUUUAAUAUUGGCUCUCUUUGUAAGUUGUUCAAGCACACUUGCUUCAGGAUUGCGCAGAUGGCCAUUCCACUAUAACUUUUGCCAAUUUGCUGGUUUUGUUGCAGCUUUAUGGGGUCAGAUAUCAACUUCCAUUCUGGCGCUUGCGUCAAUAAAUCGCUACUAUUGCGUUGUAAAGGCCCAAAAAUACUCGACGUUGUUUAGCCGAAAGAAGACGUUUUCGUCGAUUUGUGUUCUAUGGAUUUUUUGCAUCUUUCAGACUCUAAUAUGGUUCGCAGCUCCUGUUGAAUACAAAUGGUCGCCUUACGAACUAUUUUGCCGUUCAACGUUUAACGAUAAACAUAUGGAGAACAUCUUCUACAUUUACUUUGGUUGCCUUUUUAUCGUCCCUACGUUCGUGAUAGGCUUCUGUUAUAAUAGAGUUUAUCGCAAUAUACGGCAGCAUAACAAAAACGUCAUCCAUUCAUUACAAGAAGCACACCAGUUUGGAAUAAGUGCACAAGAAAUUAAAACAUCUCGGGUCCUUUUUGCUGCAGUCCUCGGAUUUAUCAUCUGUUGGGCUCCUUUUAUAGUGAUUUCAGUUAUAGUAUUUGGUUUUCAUAUUUCUAUUCCUUCAUCCGCUAAGCCGAUUUAUCCGAUCUUCUGCUUCAUUUCGUCGUGGAUCAAUCCUAUCAUUUAUGGCGUGAUGAACAGAGCCAUGAGGCAGGAGUUUCAGAGUAUACUU